AUGGGUUGUGCUAGCAGUUCGCCUCUCAUCAACGGUGGAGGUCCUGGGGGAGUCGUUGAGUCGGCCAAGGAAGCCGCUGCAAAAACCGCAAACGAUGUGCUGCAUGCUGGUGAAGCGGCGAUGCAUGACGUCGGGGAACACGUGAAGGAAGCCGUCCAAAAUGUCACGCACGAGAUAGAAAACGUGCUCGGUGGCAAAAAGGACAAAUCGGACCACGUCAACGAGGACGACGCACCGGCGGACGAAAACGGCGACUAUCAGAUCAUCCGGCUGAAGGGCUCGAAACAGAACAGCGUCGAGGACACCGAGCUGAUGGAGAACAUGAAGAACGACCUGCUCACAAAGGCACAAAGCUUCGGUGACGACACCGACCGCAUGGCAGACGAUCUCAUGAAGGAAACGGAGGACCUACUGCGAGACGCCGAAACCGGCAUCGAGAUGACGACACGCAUCACCUCCUCCGAGGACGGUACGAUCGAGAUCCUUAAUCUGGAAGGUAACACGGCACGCUCGCCGAGCCGCUCGAUUGAUAGUUUGAAAACUACUUCACCAGAGCCCGAGAUCGAGCGGAUACUGGCCGGUCCUACGCCCGAUUCCCCCAAGGCAACCCUCAACACCUUGACCGUACCCGCCGCCAGUGAUGAAGGGAUGAUGCCGGCGAUGGGUGGUACACCUGCAACAGCAGACCCCAAACCCGACGUCAUAUAAUUUCAGUUCAAACUACGAGGGUGAUAAGAGCAAAACAAAAACC